GUAGACCUUUGAAGCAAUGGAGACCCCGACAAUCGUGCCAGUUAUUUUCUAGAUUUCGUUUCGUUCACACACACCACACUGCAAUGGCCACCGAAGACAGCUAUGUGCCCAAUGCCUUCGAUGCGGAGUUCGAUAACUUCUGGGACACGGUCAGCUGCUACGCGGCCAACACGUUUCCCUUCGAGGAGCGGUGUGCCUUUGUGGCGAAAGCCAAGGACUGCAAUAGGAGCACCAAUGUGCUGCCCUACAUGAGGAUCAUGGCCUGCGACCUGAACUGCGUAAACGAAUUCGAGCAGGUCAUCUUCCUCACUCUGUUCAUGGGUCUCUGCUACGAGAUACUUGUUCUGCUGAUCCACGUUUGCAACAAAUACUACAGUCCUGCUCUGAAGGCCGUGUCGCGGUUCCUCCGUAUGAACGAGCACGUGGCGGGCGUGACCUUGUUGGCCUUUGGGAACAGCUCCGCCGACCUAUUCUCCAACCUGGCCAGUGUGAAUGCGAAUGUGCCCGUGUUUGCCAAUAGUUUGGCCGCCGCCCUCUUUGUGUCCAUGGUUUCAGGAGGUCUGAUCUGCUACAUGAGUCCUUUCAAGAUGAACGCGUACGAAAGUGUUCGGGACAUUUUGUUUCUUAUCUUUGGAUCGAUGCUCCUUCAGUACUUCCUGGCCAGCAGUGAACAUGUAUCCGAAACGUCAUUCAUAGUUAUGUUUCUUGUAUACAUUUUUUACAUAUUAGUAAAUGUCGUUGAUGUGUACCUCAUUCGGAGGGCGUUAAAGACAACAAAUGCACAGAUCGAUGCCCUCUUGGUGGGAGAAAUGACUCCGGAAAAGAGAAAGCGCCUAAGUGAAUUGGAGAGAAACCAGGCGAUCUACUCCCGUGACAUGGAAGUGGAGAUUUUUGAAAGGACCAAUUCGGGUCCCAACAUCAACAAAAUAAGGUACACCACCUUGAGAAUGGGCCGCAGCACUCGCAUAAGCAUCGAUAAGAAGGCCACGCGGAAUGUAUUGCACAACAGAGCGCUGGGAAGGAACUGGGGACUCUUCAAGGACCUCUUCAGAGUCCUGAGGCCAAUUAACCGUGAAAAGUGGCGGAAAGGAAACAUAAUCAAGCGUGCCUUUAUGUUGACCAAAAUCCCAGCUGUAAUCUUAUGCUGCAUCUACAUACCUCUGGUGGACUACGAGCUGGACAAACAUGGCUGGAACAAGCUUCUGAAUUGCAUUCAAGUAAUGCUGAAUCCGGCAAUGUCCAUUAUGGCCAUUAAAGCUUUGCUUAGCUCUAGGGGCAACUCGCUGUGGUACGUUGCCAUGGCCGAGGAAUCCAUUUAUGCUGUGUAUUCCCUGCCUAUAACCAUGCCGAUAGCGGUCUUUAUGUUUAUCCAAUCUAGAACCGAUGUGCCACCAUUUUACCAUUCGGUGUUUACUGUUAUGAAUCUGACUGGGUCCAUGUUUAUGAUCUUCAUUUGUGCCACGGAAAUAGACAAGGUCCUGGAAGUCAUUGGCCACAUCCUUAAGGUGGAGGACGACUUUAUGGGCGCAACGGUGAAGGCUUGUACAGGAAGUCUGGGUCCGCUAAUUGCCAACGUGGCGAUGGCCUUGCACGGAUAUCCCAAGAUGGCCUACGCCUCAGCCAUUGGAGGACCCUUCUUCACCGUUGUCAUGUCCGCCAGCACUGUGAUGCAUGUCAAGAAUCUAGUUGGCCUCCCGGUCUCGGAAGCUAACCAAACGGGCAAUUACGGCUUAAAUGCAUUCAUUUUUUUAAACCUGGGUCUGUUUUCCACUCUUCUAUGGUCCACGACGCUGGGAUUUUUCGCCAGGCGCUCCGUGGGCAUAUUUUCCAUCGUGUUUUACUGCAUUUACUUGCUUUUUGCUAUCCUAAUUCAUAGAAAAAUCAUACAUUCGUUUUCUUCGGACUUGCCAGUCACGGCAGCUUUUGGCGAUAUCUAGGGAAAAAGGGUUUUCUAUGGAAAUAUAAAAAUUCGAUGUACCAAAUUCGACAUAUAAAUAUACAUUUUCCUAACAUUUA